GGCUGUAUUAGUACGGAUACGAGGAUCGGCCGGUUAUUAUCUCAUAGACUGAGAAAGCGGCGUGAUCGCAAAGCUACGGCUAAUAGUAACUGAACUACCAUUGACAGAAAGUCGGUUGGUAUUACUCCAGUGAGUAUUACCAUAGAAAUGACGAAACCGGCUAUUCACGAUGAAAAAAAAUCUACGACUGAGAUUUUAGAUGUGGGAAUUGACGAGGGAUUUGUGGAAGAAAAGGAUUCUCCUACACAUGGAAAUGUUGAACAAAAUGGCGCCGCCAUCAGCCACAUGGUGCCGGUCUCGGAUUCCAAACUGUCUGCUAGUGUUAAACCAAUGGAGCAGGACGGGAAAGAGAAAAGCGGGUUCUUGAAGGAAACUGACGAAGGGAUUUCUUCUCUUGGUUCCAGUUUAUCAGACGUGGAAGUUAAUGUGGCGCCAAAAUCCCCCGAGGUGUCCGAUAUUAAAGCAGACGACAGCUACAUUAUUGAAUCCGGAGGUGUGACUUGUUGUGGACGUGGAAGAUGUCUGUCCAGAUUAAAGACACUGGGCAAAAUAAUUCUUGUCCUAGUUCUAUUAUAUUUUUUUAUCUGUUCGCUCGAUUUUCUCAGCUCGGCCUUCCGACUGGUAGCCGGCAAAACAGCAGGAAAUGUUUUUGCGGACAGCAAAUUGUUGAUGAACCCGAUUAGUGGAUUAAUGAUUGGUGUCCUAGCAACCGUGUUAUUACAGUCCUCUUCUACAUCAACAUCAAUCAUAAUCACCAUGGUAUCAGCUGGAAUUAUCGAUGUACGACCAGGUAUACCAAUUAUCAUGGGUGCCAACAUCGGUACCACGGUAACCAAUACCAUCGUUUCAUUGGCUCAUUCGGGACAGAAGGCGGAGUUUAAGAGAGCAUUUGCCGGAGCAACAGUUCAUGAUGUGUUUAAUUGGUUAACUGUUUUAGUUCUUCUACCUCUUGAAGUUGCCACAGGUUGUCUGUAUGAAUUGACGAAGAAGAUUGUAUCGAUUUGGGAUUUUGAUAGUUUGAAAGGUGGAAAGAAAGAUUUGUUAAAAACCAUCACGAAACCAUUAACCCAGUUAGUUGUUCAGAUUGAUAAAAGUGUUAUAGCUGAUAUAGCAGGAAAUGUUGAUGCCAAGGAUAGAACUAUUUUAAAGGUAUACUGCAAAUAUGUCAAAGUUCCUGUUAAUGAAACCAUGACAAGUACUGUAGCCUCCACUAUCCAGGCUUCAGCUGUAACCUCUACCAUCCAGACAACAGAAUCUAUAGUCAAUGCAACAACAGAGGGCAUCACUUAUGUAAAAGAACCAGUUGAAAAAUGUUAUUCGCUGUUCAGUCAGAUUGGGUGGAGUGAUACGAUUACGGGAAUCAUACUACUCGUAUUUUCACUCCUGUUACUCAGCAUCUGUUUGAUCCUCAUUGUAAAACUCCUCCAUUCCAUUCUCCGAGACGAAAUUGCGGAAGUCUGCAAGAAAACCAUCAACGCCGACUUUCCAGGCCGAUUAUCUUUCCUGACCGGUUACGUUGCCAUCUUGGUUGGAGCAGGCAUGACCAUAUUAGUACAAAGUAGUUCCGUGUUUACCUCAGCACUCACACCAUUGGUCGGAGUUGGUUGUUUGGAGUUGGAGAGAAUGUUUCCAUUGACCCUUGGUUCCAAUAUUGGUACCACGGCAACAGGAGUCCUGGCAGCCCUGGCAGCUCCCGCUAAAACCCUGGAUAUUGCUCUCCAGUUGGCUCUCUGUCAUCUCUUCUUCAAUAUCCUCGGAAUUCUAAUUUAUUACCCGAUACCAUUCAUGCGACGUAUCCCGCUCCGAGCAGCAAGAUUUCUGGGAAGUACGACAGCAGAAUAUAAAUGGUUUGCCAUCUUCUAUCUGUUCUCGAUGUUUAUGCUUCUUCCUGGAUUUUUCUUCGCUCUGUCCAUGACCGGUCGCAUACCCUUCAUUGUUGUCGUCAGUAUUUUGUUCAUUUUCAUCACCAUUGUGGUUAUCAUCAAAAUCAUUCAAAGUAAACGUAGAUCAAUUUUGCCGUUGGUCUUACAGAACUGGGAUUUUUUACCGGAGUGUUUACGUUCACUCGCUCCUAUAGACAGGGUUAUACAGCGUGUGUUAAGCAUAUGUAGUUGUUGUGUUUGUGCCAGUUGUAAAACCUCUCCUGAAGUCUCUGACGACCAGUCUGUAGAAUAUGAAGAGGACACAGACGCUAUUAAUUCCAGUCCCAUUGUGAUAAACAAAGCUAAAGCUAAGGAACAGUUCCGUCGUGUCCGAACCAUCAGCCGAUGCAGUCAGGACGGAAACGGUCCAUAUCAAAUGCUGAUGCCAGAAUUGACACCCAUUGACAAAAAACCUGACUUGUCGAAAAGGUUAAGUGCCGUUAGUGCGGUGAGUGCCAUUUUACAUCGGAAGCGAACAUUAAGUGGCGGAGAAAACGGCUCCGAUGAAAAUCUGCUUGAGGCUGUUGACAAGGAAGUUGAGUUUCAAAACACAGAACUAUCUUUUGUUGAUGAGCUUCAACCUAUCUCACAACGAACAUCCACACCUAAUAACGAACUAAACUCCGUCGAAUCAAUCAACUUGUCUUCAUUAUCCCAUGUCAAAUACUCCGUAAUUUAAUGUUGAAUUCAAUUAAUAUCAUCUGAAGUGAAUGCAAAUUGUGAUUGAUCUGUUAGCACAGGAGAACUGCCCAUUGAAAUAUAGACAGAACAUGUUAUAGACAGCAGCACACUUAGAUAUACAUUCCCUGAAAAAAUACAUAUAUAAUUGAAAUGUGGACAAAAUAAUUUUAAGCUACAGUACCAAUUGCCAUUGGCAUUUAUCAGACAGUAUCUUAAUUCUUCCAUGCUACGAUGUACGCAAAUUUAUUAUUGAAAAUUUAAUUAAGAAAUCAAAACCAAAAUAUGUACUGUACAUGUAGGUAAUCUCACAUCUUCAAUAGAAGGCUUGAUCUUGCUUUAACUCCGUACAUCUUAUCAAGCCCUUCACGUAAUACCCUGCAUAUUUCAGCACUAAUUUCGAUUGGCUACCGACCCAGCGGGGGGGCCUAUCAGAUUCCUCGAUCAUUGCGAAUAACAAGUCUCACGCUUUCCAGGAUCUUUCAAUGUUCAUCUGGAUGCUAUUGGUAACAUGUCUGAGAUAAAGGGAGAUAACGUAGCUAUAAGUUCAGGAACUAUAAAGUAAUCAAGCAACGUCUAGAUGUUGUAUAACUCAUGGUCAUUGCUUCAGGAACAUGGUAAUCUCCUGGCUUGGAUUCAAUUGGAUCAAAAAGAUUUUACUCAACACGUAUAGUUCACAAUGGUCUGCAGAGAAUGAAGAAUGUUGCAAAAUAUCUUUCUUUGUAAAUACUGAAAACCAUAUUUGCACUUGCAUUCUUUUUUAGAGAUUCGAUUUUCACAAUAUUGCCGUUUAUAAGGGAUUCAUAAACCUUCUAAUGACGGUCAGAGGUAAUGGAUUGGGUAUUUCAGAUCAAAAACUUAUUUAUCAUUUUAAACCCUGGUUUUAUUUGAAAUUUGUCAAAUCUUCGUACAGGAAAUGAUAUAAAUAUUUAUUUGUUUAAUGACUUUACACCUUUAUUUUAGAUAUAUCUUUAUUUAAAUGUUUACAUUAAACAUUUGUUCUUGAUUUUAUUUUGUUAGCAAGAAAUUUAAUGAAAAUUGAUUUCGGGGGACAGCUUGGAAAAUAUUAAUAUUCUGUUAUGGUCAUCAAAUUCUGCCAUUCUUUUUACACAAUCUGUAAAUAACAUAAAAGGCUUUAUUUUUUCGGGACGUUUGGCUCUUACGAUAAUUUUCAGGCUGUCAAAUGUGAUCUGAUUUUUGGUAUUUUAAGAUACAAUUUUGUUUAAAUAUUUUUAAGAUUCUGUUAUAAAAAAACAAACAAAUAAUUAUUGUAGAGUUAUACAGCUUUUUAGUUAGAAAAAAAUACCAAUUUCUGAAAUAGAUCUUAAAUAUUUUUUUUAUUAAUAUGCAUAUUAUUGUAUUAUGUAUUUACUGGUAACCAUGACAACAAUUGCCAAAUAUAUAACGGUUAUAUAUGGUCAUGAUUAUAUUAAACGUGUGCCCAGUCAACGAAGAAGCAUUACAUCUUUAAAACUCGUAGCAAGUCGAGUAAGAUGCAAUAUAUCUUCAUAAUGUCAAGGUAUUGUAUCAUACAUCUGAUUAAUUGUGGGAUGGCUCAGUGAAGGAGGUGCUGGCUCCCUACCUAGGAGGUCCUGGGUUAGAUACCGGUGCAGGCAGAGAAAGUUCCUCAUGGAAUUGUCCAACCUGCUUUCUCCUUGUCAGUGGUGUAGGAGAAUGAGAUGAAAACCUGAGGUCCUGUGUGCGCAUGUGAAAGAACCCUUGACUGCAUAGUGGACACCUGUCUUUAUUAGUCUGGAUGGUGCUGAUAAGUAGAUAACAAAAGUAUAUGAAGUGAAAUUUUAUGAGAACAAUACUUGUAUCUUUGCAAAGUCGAUAGGGAGAAGUUUACAAAUUUUCUAAAUUUUGUCCAAGGGAGAAGUUAUAAAAGUUCAAAAUUUUGUCCCAGGGAGAACUUAAAAACUUCAAAAUUUUGUCCCAGGGAGAACUUAAAAACUUCAAAUUUUGUCCCAGGGAGAACUUAAAAACUUCAAACUUUUGUCCCAGGGAGAACUAUCAGAUGUUUGUCAUAAUAUGUUCACAUUGUGAAGAUUAUAACCAUACCUCAACUAGUCCAAUGCCUGUUCUAUUCCAUAUUUUCAUAGGCGUAUUUUUACCAUACUUAUUUAUAAAGAAGAAUCUCAAUUCAUAGUAGACUAGAAAAAUGAAUUUAAAACAAUCUUAAAGCAGAAAUAUUGUAUUCAGAACAAAGGAGCAAUGUAUAAAAUUCAUAAUAAGCUUUAAAGUUAUUUAUUAAUUUGGAACUUAACAUAUAAGUUGUAAAAUGUGUUUUAUAGAAAUUAUUUAAGAUCUUGCCUUGUUAUUGUAUAUAUGUCUAUACCUGUGUUAUAUGUAUAUAUGUAUAUAUACCUGUCAUUAUCAGGUAGUUUUACCUGAUAAAAUGUCAGUCAUUGCUAAACUUGAAAACACGAGAAUCAUUGUAGAAACGAAGCUCCUUUUACAUCCUUGGUAUCCCCGGUGGUCUCAUUCCGUAUCACUCCACUAACCUCUGGGUUCAUCCCUGGGGGAGUCACUUACUCAAAUUUUCUAGGAUUGGCAUAUCAUUUUUACAUCAAUUCAUAUCAUUUAUAAUAUUCAUUUGUAAUGCGCAUAAAAUAAUACUAUUUAAUAAAAUGUAUCUUUGAAAAUAAAGUCAUAUUUUUUUUUUCAUGAAUAUUUUGAAUAAUUACUCUUCAUUAAGAUAAGAAAUUAACAUAGACUUUGAAUUUGCAUAUGCAUUAGAUUUAUAUCUGAACAAGAAAAUGUUCAAUUCAUUGAACUGAUUUGAAAAUUUGAAGGUCAAAAAUAAAACUACAUGUACAAUCAAUUUUUUUUUUAUCUAAUUGAGUUCUCAAAUGAAAUAUUGUUUCAGGUGUUCUAGACUGGGUACCCAUACAUAGCCCCAUGCAUGACAACAACAAUUCAUAUCAUAAAACGUUUCAAUCCCAUGAACAGUUUCUAUACUAAUUGCCCCAUCCCCCCUUUCCAAUGUCCUGCAAAUCGAUUAAUAAUUGAUCUUCCAUAAGAAUGUGUUACAGCUCAUUCCUGUUCAUAAUCAUAAAGUGGCAAAACAAAACUAGAACAGUUCUAUGGGACAUGGAAACAUUGUGCCUGUGUAUAAUGAACCAGUAAUUGUUGUGUUCUAGUUUUGUAUAUAUUUGUUAUUGCUAGUCUGAUACUAGCAAUUGAUGAUCAUUAUAUUAUAAUACUGGGGUAAUAUAUUAUCACUAUAAUCCUAAAAUGACUGAUGUCACUAACUAAUGAUCAUUAUACUGGGGUGGUAUAUAUCGCAUUAACCCUGUAAAUACUGAUGUCACCAAGGGUUGAUCAUUUUACUGGGAUGGUAUAUUUAACAUCCUAUAAAUACUGGUGUCACUAAUUGAUGAUCAUUAUAAAGGUGGGGGUGGGUAACCAUGGUGUGUAUAUAUGACAAUAACCCUAUUAAAUACUGAUAUUAUGACCAUCUGAUGAUUAUUAUAAAGGGAUGGUAUAUUAUAAUAACCCUACUAGAUACUGCUGAUUUUACCAACCUAAAGAUGUUUUAUAUUUUGUGUUUAAUAUUAAGUUAUUUACCAGGUAUUAUUUAUAAGAUAUAAUUAUACUAAAUUAUAAACAUUCCUACAUUCAUUGGUUUUGUAAAAAAGUCUGGCAGUAAUUUUGUUUAGUUACAAAAUAGUAUCUAGAACAGCAACCUAGAAAAAACUCAAAUAAAAAAAUAUUUUUUAAACCAAUUUAAUUAACAAAAUGGAGACUUUUAUUGAAAGUGUGUAAAAAAUAAUUGAGUGAAAGGAUUACAAUUAAAGAUGCAUUAUGUAAGAGCUAAAUCCGCCUAUUGCAUUUAUUUUUUCUGGCUUCAAAUGUUUAUAGAUUAUUAUUUAGAUAUUUAUUCACAUGCCAAGCCCAUAAUCAACUCUCUAGAAGAUUGGAUGGCUGGGAUAUUAAAUGGAUUAGAACAUCCACACCAUUUAUCUAAAUCUAAAAUAAUGCAUCUUGAAUAUAGUUGAUACAACUGUAGAAUAUAUGUGUAUUUAUUUUAUACCUAAUUAAAAUGUUGAGUGAUUUACUAACAAUAAAUAACCGUCAAUUAUGGCCAGUGAAUAUUAAUUUAGAUCAGUUAAUUUCUUAAUUUAGAUCAAUUAGUUUAUUCAUUUAGAUCAAUUAGUUUAUUCAUUAGUUUAUUCAUUUAGAUCAAUUAGUUUAUUCAUUUAGAUCAAUUUAUUUAUUUAGAUCAAUUAAUUUAUUAAUUUAGAUUUCAUUAUAUUGGUUUGAAUGAAUGUAUUGUUAAAAAAAAAAGAUUUUGUCAAAAUGAUAAAUUGUUUAAAUUCAGUGAGGAAAAAGCUAAGCAAGUGAAAUAUUUAAGCUUCCUAGAUUUGUAAAUAUGUGAAUAUUUGUAAAUAUUAUUUUAAGGAUUUUAAAAAAGGAAGUUAAAGACAAACUUUGUGUAUAUAUAUAUUUGUACAUAUCAUAGAAUCUCUUUUUCUUUAUUAAAAUAUACAAAUAUAUUUAAAAUAAAUUUGUA